AUGCAUGCCAAAAACCAAGUUAAGCAAUACAUUGAUCACGGUCUUGAUUGUGACUUUGUGGCGUUUAAUCCACCCCAGUCAGCAUUGCAUUACAGAAAUCCUGACCGGCACAGAGAGAUAUUAUCAUUUGUGUCCAAGCAUGAAUUGAGCAGAGUUAUUCAAGCAUUUAAAAUCGCAGACUGUGUCGCCCUGCAAAUUGACAAAUCUGUUGAUAAAUACAAUGCUGACAGUUUGUUUGUUACUGCCCGAUACAUGGACAACACUAAUUUGGUGAUGAAAGCUAGUUUUCUUUGCGAAUGCCACAGUGAGUUAAGAGGAGUAAUUGGGAUGAUGGGGGAAAAUUCAAAUACUGGACGUCACGGAGGGUUGUGGGUAAAGAUGUCUGAGUAUUUAGGGCACAACAUGUUGACAUUUUGGUGCAUAGCUCACAGAUCUGACCUGGCUUUUGAAAGCGUUGAAAACGUGGUUCCGGAGUUUUGUCAUUGGUUAACAGAUGUAAAAAAUGUCGCUACUUAUUUUCGUGGAUCAAGCUACCGACAAGAAAACCUGCUGCAAGUUUGGGUGAGACUGCUAAACAUUUUCCACGGCAUCAUAAAAGCAAGAGGUUUUCUGAAGGAUUGUUCCCAAACUUCAUUCAACUUAAACAUGAGUGCUGCUGCUUUGAAUAUCUUGCGACAGUUCACUGAUUUACAAAAAGAAACUAAACGCACGUUUGUUACCUUGGCUGAUUUGAUGCAAAAACGCGACCACGUACUUCAGCGUCUUUCCAUGAUGAGAAGGUUGGAUGUCGAUCAGGAUUUAGAGGUAAAGGCAAUGAUAGAUGUUGCCAAUGCUGAAAAUGCUGAAGCAAUGAUCAAAGCCGGUCGGCAAAUUGUAUCAGAUAUUUUUGGUGAUAAUUAUGUUUCAGAAUUUGUAGAUGAUGCUGUUGGUUUCUAUUCAUCAUUUGGUGCUUCAUCUUUUAAGCCGCAUGAAAGCAAUACUGCCAAGUUGUACUUAUUGCUACAAAAAACAACACCGUCGUCUCUUUUAAACAAGCUGGUUCGAACAUUUCUUAUAACUUGCCCUCACAGCGUGAUCACGGAACGGGUAAUUUCAUGCCAUACAGAAUUAAAAAGCGACCUUCGAUCAUCAAUGUCGAGAAAUACUGCGAAUGACCGAUUAUGCAUUGCUUUAAAUGCUAUAGGUACCGCAAAUUUUGAUCCUCGGCCACCACUGGCCGAGGAUCAAAAACGAGACGAUCGACUCUACCAGAUGAUGAACUUUACUGAAACAGGGAAUUUGUAA